UCAGUUCUUCGGUAGUCUUCCACUGUGCACAUUCGCGAAAAGGCGAUGUCUCUGUCGGGGAAAAGUGCUUUAGUUACGGGGGCAGCAGGUGGAAUUGGUGGAGCUAUUUGUGUGGAAUUCCUCAAAAAUGGCCUAAAACAUCUUGCCGCCCUCGAUCUCUGUGCAGAUGAACCGGAAAUUGUCAGUGAGUGGCGAAAGAACUUCCCAACAGCCACCGUUACAUACUUCCAAGCGGAUGUGUCGUGUCCAGAAGAUCUCCAGAAGACCUACAACGCCUUCGUGUCGUCCAUUGAAAGUUUGGACAUUGUGGUCAAUUGCGCGGGAUUCUUCAACGAGAGAGCUCGAAAGAAGAUGAUCGAUGUAAAUUUUUAUGGGCUCGUUGAAUCAACUUUCCUCGCCAUUGAGCACAUGCGGAAGGAUCGGGGUAGUGGCAAGGGAGGCGUCAUCAUCAGCAUAGCUUCCUGUACUGGCCUCGUACCUCUUAGUUUGCUUCCCACCUACUCAGCCACCAAACAGGCCGUUGUUUCCUUCACGCGUUCUCUGGCCUUUGAUCGCGAAUACAUGGGCAUUAAAUUUCUAAGUAUUUGUCCAGCUGGAACUAAAUCCCAGAUGUACAAUUCAAUUCUCGAUCCAGCCAAUUUUUACGAGAGUACAGACGCUAAGAUGGAAAUUUUAAGAGCAGCUCUUGUUCCUCAAGAAGCGGAAGAAGCAGGAAAAGCAGCUGUGAAGUUGAUUCAGGAAGCAAAGAGUGGAAGUUCGUGGCUCCUUGAAGGAGGCAUGCUUACGGAGACACCUCUACCGGAAAUUCAGCUAUGAGGUCUCGAAUCAUUAAAAAAAAAGCUUUUAACAAUAAUACUUAUAAUAAAGCAGUAAAAAUUCAAAAUAAAGAAUAAAAUAAAACAAAAA